AGUCGAGCACAGGUUUACACUGACUUGAAAGUGUUUGGCCGAUGCUAUGGUAACCAGGGUGCCACUAUUGAUAUCCGAUUCGCGAGUGAGUUGUUCUCUUGAGCCGAUUCUUUUUUAAGAUUCGGUUGAACCGAUUCGGGAAGCGUUUGUAAUUGAACGGGAUGACUUAGUUUAGGAGUAAUUAAUGUCUAAUAUUGUUAGCAAUUUAUUUAAAAUUAACUUUAAAAAUUGGAACGACUAUGGUCAAUUACCCUUACAAAACUGAUCUUUGUAAUAGCAUCAUCAUAGGCUACUUUAUAUAAUAAUAAUAAAAGAAUAAGUAAAUAAAAGUUAUUUUUCUCAUGUGAUAUCACUUCCAAGAGUAUGACAACAUAUUUUAAUCAGGUGUGUGUUGCCUAAAAGUGACUACAAUAGAAACAGACUUUAUCUAAUGGAAUGGCAUUUAAUCCAUGGCAUUUCAUUGGCAAUGAAAGCAGGUCAUGCUUGGAUAUAAAAGCUCAUGUCACUUGGGGGGUAAGAAUCUUGACCUUGAUGAGUCUAGGUGAGCCUGCAGCUAUGCUUACUGAAAAGUUCAUGUUUGUAAAUAUAAAUAAUUUUGCUGGACUUUGCUCUGAUUAGCUCAAACUUUCAUUGAGGCUGUUAUUACAUGGUCUCUGAUUCAUGGGACAUAUUUGUUUUUAGAUGGGCAUUUUAUAUUGGACAGGAUGGAUGAAGAUGAAUUUACAGAUUAUCUCAUUCAGCUGACCAUUGAAGAGUCUUGUCACGAGGCAUUUGCAGUAUCGAAAAAUGGCUUCACCAGUGAUGAGAAUUCGAAACUGCUGGCAGCAAUCGAGACAGGUGAUACUGCGGUCAUACGUGAGCUUAGGCAGUUUCCCAUGGCCUUCAAGGAAGUGGACAGUAGAGGAUUUCUACCACUCCACCAAGCCGCCAUGCAACCAUCAGGGAAAGUACUGGAGACAAUUCUGGUCUUCAUCAAGCCAAACUUGGAGGAGAAAGGUAGGAAUGGAGAGACUGCCUUGACUUUAGCAGUUCAAGCUGGACUGGAGGAGAAUGUCAGGAUCCUUUUGGAACACGGAGCACAUCCACAUAACCCCAACAGCAAAAAUGAAUCUCCACUUCUGCUGGCUGUAAGAGUCCGAUCUUAUCAAAUGGUGUACGCUCUCAUUGCACAUGGAGCUGCAGUGGAUCAGGUAUGUUCUAAGAGGUGGACGGCACUGCAUGAAGCAGCCCAGGUGGGAUGCGUUGACAUCUUAAUGCUGCUGCUGAGACGUGGCGGCCAAGUGUCAGUGAGGGAUUGUAACGGAGGGACACCGCUGAGUGUAGCAGCAGAAUGGGCCAAUCUUGAAGUCCUCCAAGUUCUCAUCGAUAUUGGAGCUGAUGUGAAUGCGCAGUCCUGUAAGGGUGAAAGUGUGUUGAUGGAUGCAGCUGGUUCUGGAAACCCAGACUGUGUGGAUCUUCUGCUUGAACAUGGAGCCUCACCAAACUUGCCCAGUUUGACCGGGCAUCUUCCUAUUCAUCGUGCAGCCUUCGAGGGCCACUACCUUGUAUUAAAAAUACUGAUAUCUGUCACAAGCAAGAAGGCUCUCGUACAGUCUGGUCAGAGUCCAGUUCACUUUGCUGCAGAUGGAGGUCAUGCGCAGUGCCUGCAGCUCCUGGUUGAUAGUGGUUUUGAUGUGAACGCUCAACUUGACCAAACCAUCUCUGACAACUACAGCGACAUGCGUAGGAGCGCCCUUUACUUUGCCGUCUCAAAUGGAGAUGUAACUUGCACAGAGAUGCUGUUGAACGCUGGAGCCAAACCUGAUCUGGAUCCCCUGCAGUGCCUCCUAGUUGCGGUGAGAGCUGGGAUGUACGAGAUUGUCAGGAUUCUCCUGGCCAACCGAGCAGAUGUGAACUGUUACUUCACUGAGGUUAACAACACCGUGUUUCCCACUGCCUUACAAUACUGCCUGAAGGACGAGGAGAUGAUCCGAUUACUUCUGAAUAAUGGAUAUGAUGUAGACAAAUGUUUCCACUGUCACCAUGACUUCCAUUUCAACAUGGGGGUUGUUUGGAAUGACAUACAUCUACAUGAACAAUGUUGUGUCAUCUGUGAUGGCGAAGACAAAAUACCUUUCUGUGACUUCAUGAGUUUGUGCUGCCUGGUUGGCCUGUCUGGACGAGUGGUGCUGAUCCUGCUGGACUAUGUCAUCUGCGUCCCCCUCUGCUCACGGCUGAUAUCCAUCCUGGAGAAGCAAAAGGAGUGGGCAGAGAUAUGCACCAUCUUGAACAACCCACGAUCCCUGAAGCACCUCUGUCGUCUGGAAAUCAGAAGACACAUGACCAUUAAAAGACUCCGUAAUACCAUCAUAAUGGAUUCUUUUCCACCUCUGAUUAAAAAUUACCUGCUGUACAAGGAAUAAGAUCUGACUUGAUCAGUACAAAUGUAACAAUAAAUUUAAAUUUUCUUGUCUGAAAUGUUCUGUCACUGAAUAUUAUAUAUUGUACAUGUAAUGUAUUAUCUUAUUGUCAGUUAUAAAAUAUUAAUUGAUAAAACAAUUUUUGUACACAUCAUAACUGUUUGGAUACUAAUUUGAGCUGAAUAGAUUAAGUAUUAGAUCACAAUAGCAUAAUAUAAUGUUAAUUGUAUUCAUGCAACAUGGCGAAUCCUACAGUGAUUAAAAUGAUUUUGUAACUGUCUGCGAUGCUAAAUAAAGUACACUUUCAUAUGUCAGUUUGACAGAGUCAGUGUGCUAUUAUCAAGGUUUCUUCUGCUGUGCUGUAAUUUAUUCUUUGUUUCAUCUUCUAAACAUCUUCUAGAUGCUUUUGAGUCAUAAUAAAAAUAUUUUAUUCUCCGUUCAA